AGGCGGCGGCUGCUGCUGCUGCUGCUACCCGGGCUUUGAGUGGGGGCACCAGCCGGCAUGGGGCGGUGUCGGAGUCAGCUCCGGGCGCUUGGCUCCUUCCUCUUCUUGCUGUCGUUCCUGGGAGCCCGGACUGGUGCAGCUGCUGGGGAUCGCCCGUUGCCAGUGCUGCAUGGCUGCCUAUUUGACAGGAGACUGUGCUCCCAACAGGAAGUCUGUGUGCAAGAUGGCUUGUUUGGUCAGUGCCAGCAAAGCGCGCUCCGGGACCGGCCCUACUUCCAGGUCACAGCACCUGUGCUCCAGCGUCUGCAGGAUGUGCUACGGCACCUGAUGGCACAAGGUUUAUCGUGGCAGGAUGAUCUGACGCAAUAUGUGAUUUCCCGGGAGAUGGAACGCAUCCCUAGGCUUCACCUUCCACCUUCGUGGGAGUCUGUGGCUGAGGACAGGUUCCCACCAGCCCACCGGCCUCCCAGGAGACCCCCUAUGCCCUCUGAGCCUGUCUCCCUCCAGGGAGCUCGCCAGCCCCCUCUCCCUCCAGCCCUCCUGCAACGGUACCUGGAGCUCCUGCUGGCCUCUCAGCCUGAGCUAGGCUACAAGGAUGCGUUCCUGUCCUCUUACCCUCAUCACCAGUUCACCUACUCAGAUGGCACCUUCCAGGACCACGCCAAUGCACACAACCCGGAGUCUCCCAUUCUCCUGGACAGAGCUGCUGCUUCCAAGGCCCUGUUUGGUGCCAGCACAGCCCCUUCCUAUAGGGGCCAGCAGGGACUGGAUGGAGGUCAACUUUUCCAAGACCUUGGUGCACUUUACCUGACACAAGAGCAGGCAGGUAAAUCCAAAGCUAGGGCUCCGCGCAGGCAUGAUUCCAGGACAGAUGGACUCCUUCAAGACUACGGUGACAGCACUGAAGAUGGAGGGAACCCCCAGGCACACCUGGCAGAGCCAGAUAGAGCUGUACAAAGACUCACAGCAGUGCUUGCCAGUUAUGGGAUUAGACCAGAGGAUGUGAUCCGGCUCCUCCAGAAUCCAGCUGAGCAUGCUGGUGGCCUUGGACCAGAGACCCCAGAGUCUAAGCGGGCAACAGAAGCUGAAAUGCAACACGGGGAGGAUGUGGAGCCCCCACCUUCCCGCGAGAGCUAUGCCAGUGCUGUCCCCACAGAGGGGCAGAUACAGGCUCAGAGGAAGACCCUGAGCCCCACCAAGGCCACAGCAGCCGUGACGACAGCUUCCCCACCACAGCCUGAGCCCCUGCGUCCUGGUGAGGGGGAUACCGCUGGCCCCCAGGGGCAGGUGAUGGUGAAGAAGAGCUACACCACCCUCGGGGGACGUGGCAGGGAGGAGGAGAGGCCAGAGACUACCCUGGCUGCUGCUGAGGAAUACGGCUACAUUGUCACCGACCAGAAGCCACUGGGUCUUGCUGCUGGCAUCCGGCUCCUGGAGAUCCUGGCUGAGUAUGUGCACUUGUCUACUGCCAGCUUCAUCAACAUCAGUAUUGUGGGCCCAGCUCUCACCUUCCGUAUCCGUCAAAACCACCAAAACCUGUCGCUGGGUGACGUGACCAACAAGGCUGCACAGGUGAAGCCGCAGCUGGAGACCGAGGUGGGAGUGAAGAUCCUACAGAUGGGCGUCGGACAGCGCAACGAGGCUGCAACCUACCCACAUCCCACCCACUUCGGCGACACCUUCCGCUCAGUGCUGCUCACCUUCGUCUUGCUGGCCUGCGUGGCUGGCAUCGUCAUCACCGCAGCCGUGGUCUUCUGUCUGCGCCAACAUGCUAAGCAGCGUGAGAAGGAGCGGCUGGCCGGGCUGGGGCCCGAGGGUGCAGCGGACAGCACCUUUGAGUACCAGGAGCUCUGUCGGCAGCACAUGGCUGCCAAGUCACUCUUUGGCCGGGCAGAAGCCCCGCCGCCCCCCGCCCCAGCGGAGAACUCCCGUGUCAGCAGUGUUUCCUCGCAGUUCAGCGAUGCGCCCCAGGCCAGCCCCAGCUCCCAUAGCAGCACGCCGUCCUGGUGCGAGGAGCCUGUACAAUCCAACAUGGACAUCUCCACCGGGCACAUGAUUCUGGCGUAUAUGGAGGACCACCUACGCAAUCGUGAUAGGUUAGCCAAGGAGUGGCAAGCACUGUGCGCGUACCAGGCUGAGCCCAAUGGCUGUGACGCUGCCCAACAUGAAGCCAAUGUCAAAAAAACCCGUAACCCGGAUUAUGUGCCCUAUGACCACAUGCGCAUCAAGCUGAAAGCCGAGAGCAACCCGUCCCGGAGUGACUUCAUCAAUGCCAGCCCCAUUAUUGACCAUGAUCCACGGAUGCCAGCAUACAUUGCGACGCAGGGGCCACUGUCCCACACCAUCGCUGACUUCUGGCAGAUGGUGUGGGAGAACGGCUGCACCGUCAUUGUGAUGCUGAGCCCCCUGGUGGAGGAUGGUUUCAAGCAGUGUGACCGCUACUGGCCGGACGAGGGCUCCUCGCUCUACCACAUCUAUGAGGUGAACCUGGUCUCGGAACACAUCUGGUGUGAGGAUUUCCUGGUGCGCAGCUUCUACCUGAAGAACGUGCAAUCCCAGGAGACACGGACGCUGACACAGUUCCACUUCCUGAGCUGGCCAGCAGAUGGCAUCCCCACCACCACACGGCCUCUUCUCGACUUCCGCAGGAAGGUGAACAAGUGCUACCGGGGCCGCUCAUGCCCAAUCGUUGUACACUGCAGUGAUGGCGCAGGAAGGACCGGAACGUAUAUCCUUAUUGACAUGGUUCUGAACCGAAUGGCCAAAGGAGUGAAGGAGAUCGAUAUCGCAGCCACCCUGGAGCAUGUGCGGGAUCAACGACCUGGCAUGGUGCAAACUAAGGACCAGUUUGAGUUUGCGCUGACAGCUGUGGCAGAAGAGGUGAAUGCCAUCCUGAAGGCGCUGCCACAAUGAUGCCCCACUCAGCGUACCCCAGCUUGGUGACUCCCCAACUUGACCCUUUGCCUCUGCUGUGCCGUGUCCUUGCCUGGGGUGUCCUCCCUUCAUAAAGUCUAAUCUUCAUGUUGUUGGUCAUGGCUGCAUUUAAACUACCUGUGGAGACACCAGCCCCUCACCCUUCUGGGCCUCCCGUCACUCUGAUCACCAAAUUCUCUUCAUGUUGUUGAGUUCUAGCCCACCCAUGUUCCUUUGAAACGAGCCCUUGGUUGAUGUCAAGUGAGCUCUUUUCUACUUUGCACUCCUAGAGACAAGUCAGUUCUCUAGUACAAUGGUGGGCAGAAGGAAGAUCUCCAGACGUUUGGGACUUCAACUCCCAGAAGCUCCUGCCAUCAUAGUCACUGGUGAGGAAUGCUGGGAGUUGGAAGUCCAAAACAUCUGGAGAUCUAUUUUCUGCCCACUCCUGAUCUAGUGAACAUAGUUGGGUGUACCCAUACACAGCAAUAAGGGUCUGCAAUUCAAAACACAAGUUAGGCACUUUUUUAAAGCUCAGUGGAAAAAUGAUGGGCUUUAGAGUGCCUCCUUUGUGUUUAUGGCUAUUAUGGAUUUGCCUGCGUCUACAAAUGUGGGGUGUGUGGAGUUGAGAUAGCUGUGCAUCCAUGCAACCUUUCCCCCAGUUCCAAAUGCUGGUUGGCUCCAGAGACAUAAUGGAUGCUGAGGAACCUGUCCCCCUUCUAUGUCUCACCCCUUGCACCUACUUUCUGGGCUGCCCAAAGGGCCACAUCAGGGGAAGGGAUAUUGCUUCUACCCUGAUCCCUACCACUUGCAUACCUGUAGCCCUGGACCCCAGCCCAGCCCAGCCACAGCAGUUCCCUCCCUUCCCCAGAGCUGGGGUGUGUGGGGGAGGACGCUCCAUGGGGGAGAAGGCCCUGUAGCUGCCUCCCACUGUGUUGUCUCCCUAAUUGUUACUUACACCAAGAGACAUUUCUAGAGAAUCUAAUUUUGUAUUUGAUGUGAAUAAAGUUUUUGUGUCGCGUUUGUGCA